UACUGGCCACUAAAAAAUAAUUGACUGGCCAUAAAGUGCGUUGUCAAAGUUUAAAAAGUUAAACCAUAGAGCCAUGAGAGUCUUGUUGAUUUUUUUGGUGGUGUUGGCGGCGGUGGCGGCGGCGCCACAGAAGUCUACGUUGCAAGCAGGACCAAGAGAUACCGGAAGCCAGCCCUUCAUCGAGGAGGUGGUGGUGGAGUCGGUGCUGAACGUGCGAGCCCCCGCCGGGAGACAAGCCAGGACCAACACCAAGACAGACUUGGCCCACGGCUCUAAGGUGGCCGAGAAAAACUAGGCUCCCUGACUGCUUAGCUAUAAGUUAUAUUAUAUAAAGUGCAGCAAAGUUUGUCAGACAACGGAAGCCAGCCGUUCAUGGAGGAAGUGCUGAACGUGUGCGCCCCCGCCGGGAGACAGGACCAUCACCAAGACAGACUACGUCCACGGCUCGAAGGUGGCCGAGAAAAACUAGGCCUGACUGCUUAGCUAUAAGUAAUACUAUAUAAAGUACCUACAGCAAAAU